AUGGCGGGACGUGUCCCUCUUGGCUCGGGGGCUAAUCAGAACCGAGUGUUCAUUGACUUAACGGACGAGAUUGAACCAAACGAUUCAGAGGUAUCAGAGAAUCUGGUUCAGGGCAAGCUUCCAUUUGUGACAGCUUUGGCGUAUCGUUCGCCAACGGUACCACAAAAAAGGAAAAGUUUAGAUUCGUCUGAUAUUUCUGAUUCGUCAAGCGAAGGAAACAAUGCACAGCGUCCACGCCUGUCGCAUGCCCAUCCUGAUCCAUCUACGCCUAGUCCUGCACCUAGUCCAAGGCCAUCCCGGAUCAGCGUUGUGAUACCAUCGCCAACAUCAAAGCAAAAGCGCGAAAUUGCAAUUGCACGAUGUAUCGACAAUGUGAAUGGAAUGGACGCUCAUAUCUUUCCGACAACUGAUGAAGAGGAAAGGGUUAAGAAGGCCGCAUACCCUACUACGAGGGGACGUGUUGACCGUCGUUCUGUGCCAUUGUCAUUUCAAUCGACCCCAACGCUUGACUUACCUUUACCUACAAACACAAACCACCUUGCAAAGCUCCGUCACACUCUCGACGAGAAGCUAAAGCGCAUCAAUGGGCCUGCGGUUAUUCCAACUGUUGAUUCCCCGACACGUCUUGCUAAACUAGCCGAUAACUUUGUGUUCAUUAACGGUUAUCAGUACCGUGAGGGUGUUGAACGAAUCCCUGAUGACUCGGACUUCAAUAUCGGAUGUGCAUGCACUGGGGCUGACGGCUGUGACCGUUUCACAUGUGAUUGCCUAAGUAAGGAAGAAGAUUCUGAGGAUCGAAUCGUUCCUUACGAGAUCUGCGAGAGUAAUCGUAGAUUGAUUGUCGCGACUAAGAGUUUCCUCAAGCGUAAGGCAAUCAUUUACGAAUGCAAUUCGCGUUGUGGCUGUAACGGGGAAAGAUGCUGGAACCAUGUUGUUCAGAAAGGAAGGACUAUCAGGUUGGAAAUCUUUGACACUGGAUCUCGCGGCUUCGGCCUUCGGUCCCCCGACUUGAUCCACCGCGGUCAAUUUAUUGAUCUUUACCUCGGUGAGGUAAUUACCAAGGCCGAAGCCGAUGAGCGUGAGAAUUUAACCGAUGGUUCGCACGCCCAAUCCUACCUUUUUUCCUUGGAUUGGUAUGUUAAGGACGACGACGAUGAAGAGCGGAACAUGAAGGUCAUCGACGGCCGUAAAUUUGGUUCUGCGACACGAUUUAUGAACCACUCUUGCAAUCCUAACUGCAAGAUCGUUCCCGUGUGCACCACCAAUCAUGCCGAUGAAUACCUUUACAACCUUGCCUUUUUCGCAAACCGGGAUAUUGCCCCUGGCACCGAAUUGACGUUCGACUAUAAUCAGGGUGAGGAGAAUACCACUCCUCAGAAGAUUGAUCCCGAGGCCGUGCCAUGCCUAUGCGGUGAAACCAAGUGUCGUGGACAAUUGUGGCCAAAUAAGCGUAAGGGCCAGGGAUCAAAGCCUUAA